CCGGGAGCGGCGGCAGCGGCCGGAGGCCGGGGAGGCGGCAUUGGCGGAGCUGGGAGGCGGCCCCGGCGCAGGAUUUGUCAUUGCCAGGGCGUGGCUGGAUGGAGGAGGAGGAAGAGCCCCAGAGAUCCUGCAGGAGGAGUGGCUGCAAACCCAGCCCAGGGAGCUGCGGAGAGGAAAGAGCCCCCCUGAGCCAGGAAGGCGGCCGGAGAUCCAGCCAGAGCUCGGAGCUGGUGGAGAAGGCUCAUGGCAGGGAGAAGCCGCACAAGUGCUUGGAAUGUGGGCAGGGCUUCAGCUGGAGCUCCAGCCUGAUCCAGCACCAGAGGAUCCACACUGGGGAACGGCCCUACGAGUGUGGGGAGUGUGGGAAGGGCUUCAGAGUGAGGUCCAACCUGAUCCAGCACCAGAGGAUCCACACUGGGGAAUGGCCCUACGAGUGUGGGGAGUGUGGGAAGAGCUUCAGAGUGAGCUCCAACCUGAUCCAGCACCAGAGGAUCCACACUGGGGAACGGCCCUACGAGUGUGGGGAGUGUGGGAAGAGCUUCAGACACAGCUCCAGCCUGAUCGAGCACCAGAGGAUCCACACUGGGGAACGGCCCUAUGAGUGUGGGGAGUGUGGGAAGGGCUUCAGCCAGAGCUCCAGCCUAAUCCAGCAUCAGAGGAUCCACACUGGGGAACGGCCCUACGAGUGUGGGGAGUGUGGGAAUAGCUUUAGCCGGAGCUCCAGCCUAAUCCAGCACCAGAGGAUCCACACUGGGGAACGGCCCUACAAGUGUGGGACGUGUGGGAAGGCUUUCAGAGAGAGGUCCAGGCUGUUUAAGCACCAGGUCAUCCACACCAGGGAAUGGCCCUACACCUGCUUGGAAUGUGGGAAGAGCUUUGGGUGCCGCUCUGCACUGGGAAAACACCAGCACAUCCACACAGGGGAGAGGCCCUAUGAGUGUCCCCAGUGUGGGAAGAGGUUUCGGACCAGUUCUGAUCUCCUCGUACAUGAGCGGAUUCACACAGAGGAGAGGCCCUUCCGCUGCCCCGACUGCGGUAAGGGCUUCAAGCUCAACUCCCACCUCACCGUGCACCGGCGCAUCCACACUGGGGAGAGGCCCUACGAGUGUGGGGAGUGUGGGAAGAGCUUCUCCAGGAGCUCAACCUUGACGAAACACCAACAGAGGCACCACUAAGGGAAGUCCUGUGAGUACCCUGAGUACGGGAAGAGCUUCAUGCGCUGCUCCAGCUCCAUCCUCCAUGGGAGGAUCCACACUGGAUGCUCCUCAGUGACCACCGUUGUGCAGAGGCCUGGUGAUCCGUGGUCCUGGUGAUCCGCGUUGGGAAGACACCUGGAUGGAGUGCUCCAUAUUGUCCUGGCUCCCCGUGGGCACCUGGAUGAACUCAGGGGCAGGAGCAUCCAUCGGGACACAGACCAAAAAUGGGAAUUCCUUGGGGAGAGUGGAUUUGUUGACUUUCAACCCCAGAACAUCUUUUGCAUUCAGUCCUAUCUGCUGGUGUCAUCGAGGAAUACUGAAUGGCCUUGGAGGUCUUUUCCAAUUUCAGAGAUUCCAUGAUUUUGAUGUCCUAUUGCCCAAGGGUGUCUUCCACAGCCAAAUAGUGAAAAAGUGGGGAAAAGAGCAAGAUUUUGGAGACAGUGGGGUGGAAACUCCACCAAAUAUGUUCUUCCUUUCUAACCCAAGUACGUGGAUCCUCAGCGGGCACAGACACGGAGAUCCUUUUCUUUUGGCCUUGAUUUGCUUUUCAUUUCUCUUCAUCCCUUCAAAAUAUCCAAUGUUGAGGUAAAAAUAAAGACAUUGAACUAAGACAUUGGUGUGGUCAUGGUAGGACACGACAUGGCGGGACGCAGACAUGGAGAGUGACAUGGGCAUGCAUGGACAUGGAGGGGGAUGGGGCCAUUCAUGGGGACAUGGGGGGACACAGGAAUGGAUGGAGACGUGGGGACAAUGACAGCGAUGGAAACACGGUGGGGUGUUGCAUCCUGGGUUUGGGUUCAGAUUAGGUGUUGUGAUCUUUGUUAGUUUGCUGGUUCUGUGUACCCUCAUGCAUCCCCGUGUUUCCCCUCCCCACUGUGGUUAGCUCCAGGCUGCCUGCCAUUGGAGCUUCCCCCUGUCACUCUUGUAACCACUCCCUGCCAACUCCUGAGGAUUCCGUGCCCGUCACCCCAUUCCCACGGUCCCACUCGCCCCAAAGCCCCGUGCCCGCCCCUGCUGUGUUCCGUUUGGUCACCGUCUCCACGUCAUCACCACGGCGUCUGUAUUCAUUGGGCGGGGAGGACUCUCCGUCCUCCCUGUCCCACCCCCUAUAUCAUCCCGCUUCCCCCCCAUCCCCGAUGCCAGAAUGGUCCAUGCGAGGUUGGGAGCGGGCUGCCACUUCUCCAUCACGGCUCUCGCGGCCAAUAAAGCAUCCAGUCGCCACGUGGAUGGAUUUGGACGAAUUUCCUGUCUCUUCAUUUCUUCCCUCGCGCCGACGGCAAC